CUGCGCCCUGCGGUCUGGGCGGCAUUUUCAAAAUAGUCGUGGCUGGAGAGUUAGAGCCUGAAUAUCAUCUGGAGCAGCUGAGCGUUUUUUCCCGGGUCCAGCAGGCGCUCGGGGGACCUCAGAAACCAUCCCUUAGUGCCUGCGGGAAAGAAUGGCGCCUUCGACCACAGUCUCUCAAAGGAAGCUGAUCAAGCGGAAGGCUCCCCGCGGCUUUCUACGGCGCGUCUUCAAGCGACAGAAACCUCAUCUUCGUUUAGGGACAGGCGGCGACUUACUGGUGCAUUUGAAUUGCUUAUUGUUUAUUCACCGAUUAGCAGAAGAGUCCAGAACAAAAGCAUGUGAGGAUAAAUGUGGAGUCAUUAAAAAAGAGCAUGUAAUGGCUGCAGCAAAGGUAAUUCUAAAGAAGAGUCGAGGCUAGAAGUCAAAGGAUACAUUUUUUAAAAACAUGGUAUAUUAUUUUAGCUGGUAAUAUGCAAUGGAGGCACUUUGAUUUUUUUUUUUUUUUUUUACCAGAGCACUGCUCAUCUCUGGCUUAUUGUAGUGCAGGGGAUUGAACCUGGGACUUUGGGAGCCUCAGGCAUGAGAGUCUGUUUGCAUAACCAGUAUGCUAUCUACCCGUGCAUCUUUUUUUUUUUUUUUUUAAUUAAAAUACCAGCUAUUUGAGGGUGUGUGUAUUUGUAUUUGUUAAUCAACCUCAAGUAAACACAGAGGACUAUAUAUUAUUGAGGAAUUGUGCUUAUUCCUUUAAUGUGGCCUACAGUUCAUUACACCCUAUUUUGUUACUGUUAUAUGUUUGACAGAUUGUAAAUAAAAAACUAUGAAUUAAUUUGAA